UUUGAGUUAGCAAAAUUUUUUGUCAGCUUUGAGCUUAGCUCUUUCGAGAAAACAGAAAAUGUUAAAUGUUCAUAAACUUCUGUUUCUGAAUGUAAAGGUUUAAUUUUAUACUUCGGUGUUAAGCCUUCCGUUCUUACAAAGAACGUCGAGGAGCUCGUUUUAUCUAUAAAUAAUUGGUUGAGUUGCGCAACAUGGCGAAUUGAGCUCAGCUGCUGUAAUGAAACUCUUAAUAACUUUGUGACUGUGACACGCUCUAGUUAGCUUUGAAGAUUUUUAACGCGCACGGUUGGCGCGGUGUGGCAGCGGCGGCCUGUUACAGUUAGCUGCGCGCGCUCGGGCUCCGUGAAGUGUGAUGCUGGCCGUGAGCUAGGCGCGGAUCGGAGCUCGUCGAGCUCAGGGAAGUCAGCAGCGGAGCGCCGGGCGCUGUGUUUCUGGUCAGGAGCAAGUGUCAGCCGUCAAGCUGGAGCGGCUACCCGAGUACCUGCGCGACACCGUCGACUGGUUCAUGGGGUGAGUCGCUUGCUGGCUCGCCGCAGUAUGUAAGUGCGCGGGCCAGUCGCAAUGCUGGAUUGUCUGUGGAAGGCGCGGCGCAAAGACCGCGAGGGCGAGGCGGCCGGCGAUCCCAAGCUGUACCUGCAGGAGGCGCUGCUGGAGCGCAAGCUGCCCGAGCUGGACAUGCGGCAGCUGGUCGACCUGCCGCGCCACCUCGACUACAACGAGUGGCUCGCCUCGCACAGUGAGUACACCUCACACACAAGCUGCACCUGCUGGAGCAAGCUGCCCGAGCUGGACAUGCGGCAGCUGGUCGACCUGCCGCGCCACCUCGACUACAACGAGUGGCUCGCCUCGCACAGUGAGUACACCUCACACACAAGCUGCACCUGCUGGAGCAAGCUGCCCGAGCUGGACAUGCGGCAGCUGGUCGACCUGCCGCGCCACCUCGACUACAACGAGUGGCUCGCCUCGCACACAUUGGCGCUAUUCGAGCACGUGAACCUGGUGUACGGCGCUGUGUCGGAGUUCUGCACGGCCAGCAGCUGUCCGGACAUGUCCGGCCCCGGCGGGCGGGUGUACGCGUGGGUGGACGAGCGCGGCAAGAAGGCGCGCGUCGCCGCGCCCCAGUACGUCGACUACGUGAUGACCCUCACGCAGAACACGGUCAACGAUGAGACGCUCUUCCCCACCAAAUAUGCGAACGAGUUCCCGGCGAUGUUCGAGUCGGUGGUGCGGCGCGUGGUGCGGCUGCUGUUCCACGUGGUGGCGCACCUGUACGCCGCGCACUUCCGCGAGCUGGCGCUGCUGCGUCUGCACGCGCACCUGCACCUCACCUUCGCGCACCUCACCGCGCUGGACGCGCGCUUCCAGCUGCUCGACCACAAGGAGACCGAGGUAACACUGCAGCUGGUGUCCACGUGCUUGCUGCGUCUGUACCUCACGGCGCUGGACGCGCGCUUCCAGCUGCUCGACCACAAGGAGACCGAGGUAACACUACAGCUGGUGUCCACGUGCUUGCUGCGUCUGUACCUCACGGCGCUGGACGCGCGCUUCCAGCUGCUCGACCACAAGGAGACCGAGGUAACACUACAGCUGGUGUCCACGUGCUUGCUGCGUCUGUACCUCACGGCGCUGGAGGCGAGCUUCCAGCUGCUCGACCACAAGGAGACCGAGGUAACACUACAGCUGGUGUCCACGUGCUUGCUGCGUCUGUACCUCACGGCGCUGGACGCGCGCUUCCAGCUGCUCGACCACAAGGAGACCGAGGUAACACUGCAGCUGGUGUCCACGUGCUUGCUGCGUCUGUACUUCACGGCGCUGGACGCGCGCUUCCAGCUGCUCGACCACAAGGAGACCGAGGUAACACUACAGCUGGUGUCCACGUGCUUGCUGCGUCUGUACCUCACGGCGCUGGACGCGCGCUUCCAGCUGCUCGACCACAAGGAGACCGAGGUAACACUACAGCUGGUGUCCACGUGCUUGCUGCGUCUGUACUUCACGGCGCUGGACGCGCGCUUCCAGCUGCUCGACCACAAGGAGACCGAGGUAACACUACAGCUGGUGUCCACGUGCUUGCUGCGUCUGUACCUCACGGCGCUGGACGCGCGCUUCCAGCUGCUCGACCACAAGGAGACCGAGGUAACACUACAGCUGGUGUCCACGUGCUUGCUGCGUCUGUACCUCACGGCGCUGGACGCGCGCUUCCAGCUGCUCGACCACAAGGAGACCGAGGUGCUACGCGAUCUGGAAGUAGCGCUCCGACUGUCGGAGCCGGCGGAGUCGCCGCGGCGCUCGCCCGUCGUCACGCAGCCGCUCGGCGCCGCGUGACCGGCGGAGCCCGCUGGCGCGCCGACCGCGGUCACGCCGAGUGACCAGUAGACCGCAGCGAUCACGCCGAGUAACCGGUAGACCGCAGCGGUCACGCCGAGUGACCGGUAGCCGCGGUGGCGGUCACGCGGCCCGACCGACCGCCUGGCCGCCCGGCCGACGCCGCGGCCCCUACCAGCCUCUAAACCUAAGUUAAAACGAUUGUUAAUUCUAUUGUAAAUAUUUCAAUCUGUUAAGUAGUUUUAGGUGAUUACGAUUAGUUAAUACUAUUAUUUGUGAUUGCUUUGGUUGUAAAUAAAAGUGAUAUUUGUUUAACUAAUAAACUGAAAGCCUUAA